UUUCAAGUGUCGCCAAAAAUAAUUACCUGUGGAGCAAAGUAAACGAUACCCUGGUUCCAUAGCCUCGAACGUCUGUCUACCUCGCUUGCCACAAAAUAGACAAAUAGAGAGACGUUCGAGGCUCUCGCUGGCCACUAAAUAGAGAGACGUUCGAGGCUGUCGCUGGCCACUAAAUAGAGAGACGUUCGAGGCUCUCGCUGGCCACUAAAUAGAGAGACGUUCUAGACUCUCGCUGGCCACUUAGAGAGACGUUCGAGGCUCUGGAACCAGGAACCAGAAAUGACUACAAUCAAGAUGUACGAGAACGCACUUCUUGGAAUUUCAAUCGCUCUUUUGCUCUUCAUGGUCGUCCUUCUUGUCUUAAGUGUCAUGCUAUUCUCGCGCUUCCGUCUGCUGAAACAUCAAGUUGAAAGACUGCUUAAUGCUGACAAAAAUACUAUACCUAUGGAUGUACUGGCCAGAACGGAUGGAUCUAUACCAAAGAAUCAAUACGUGCAUAAUAAGAACACGCAUUUAAGUGUAAAGCGCCAGAACUCACAGGAAAGUGUAGUUAACGUCCCGAGUCCUGAUCCUAAACGACGGUCAAUGCUGAAUUCCCAGGGAAGCAAUGAUAGCAGCCACUCACUUAAUCGAACAUCCGGGUAUUCCCAUCAGUCCGGAGACUCGAACCCAACCUUCUCAGAAUGGACUGAAGAGCAAAGUGCGGGCUCGUCCCGUCAUUCUACGGGAUGUCAGGAAUCACUCGAGGCAUCACACAAUGCUCGCAUGGAAACCAUGGCAAUAGGUAUGAUUGACAUCAGCUACGAAGAGAGGCAAGAAAUUGUGCGAAGAAGCAGGUUAUCUAAGAAUUUCGAUAGAGAAUUUAAGGACAUCCAAAAAGAAGUUCCCAUUAGUUAUAACAAUCCGGGAUUUCAGAUGUCACCUGGGCCGAGCGAGCCUGGAGACUGGGGUCGAGCUUCUGUUUCGGAUGACCAGUCGAUAGCGCAGGCUCAACAAGGCACGUGCUUUAGGUAUGGCGAAGAAAACGCAGGCAUGGUGGGCGAGGAAGCGACGGAUGAAAAUAUUUACGACUUACCACCAGAUGAACCAGACGAGGAGGCUGUAAAUGAACCUAUCUAUAUGAAUUAUGGACAGAUGCGGCAACAAGUUGAGUUGGACAUGGGUGAAGACUUUCCUGCGUGACAGUGGACACCUAGAUACGUUCACAAUUAUAAGAAAAUACAUCUCACACCCUGGACAUAAGAUUUUCUUGCGUGAUAUGGGAACGCCUAUCUAUUAAAACGAUUAGCCUCGUUCCCAGGCGUCUUGUGACAGCCAAGCGUUGUCAAACAUUCUCUGCGAUAAGCUUCAUGGCAAGCGGCAAAUCAAAAGUGACGUCUUAACUGACACGCCGCUCAGCCAAUAGAAGCCAGGGAACGAGGCUAUCAAACGAUCACACUAGAUGGGAUAAGCAUGUGACACCCUGAACAUGUUUUGUUGCCCGUGUGAAUGAAGAUUUGUGUGCCACCUCGUGUCAUCUCGCUCCUAUUCUAAUGACCUGUUUACAAGAGGUAAACAGGUGGAGUAAGAUGCUUGCUGAAAUAAAGACGUAUUGAACCACAACAAGAAAAGGAUCGCGUAUUUUAUACGCGAUAUCAGACUUUGGGUUUGGUGACCCAGACACUUUAGCAUGGGUAACCAUGAAUAACAGGAAAAAGCAGAACACGACGAAUUUUGAAAAUUUGGGCAUAUUCAUCAAAAUAGAUAGCAAAUAAGAAAAUGGCUUACUAAUUCUGGUAAAAAUAUAAGCAACAAAAUGUACAUACAUAAAGCUUCAAUCAAUCAAUCAUCAAUCAAUGCAAAUAGUUUUUAAUUUAAAUACUCUGUUUGCUGAAUGAAUGAUGGAGAGGUAAAAUAUUUUUUUAGUUAAUAAGAAUUUAUUUUAGAUGUGCAGGAACGAAAAAUAUAUAUUCUUUGCCGUUUGUGAGACAGCAAAAUAUUCUAAACUCGACGUAAAUUGUGCGAUUUUCACGGCAACACAGUGGCUCUUUGUUUCUAUCUCUAUGAAAUUACCGGAUCUUAGCACUUCACUUCCGAUUCGCGUUUCUGGGUUGUCGCUUGUAAAUACGCUCUUUAUUUCAAGCCUUCGUCGUAUCGGCCCAGUACUGCGGGCUCACAGAAACGCGCAGGAAAUCGAGCCUCUAGUUAUUCAUUUGUAUAUACAAAAUCAACGGGAGUUGUCAAACCGCAAAAAGUACAACCGAGGAACACUAAGGAAAAGCUGUUAGCAGGGUAUUCUCUCACCCCAUCGUUCCAAAAUGUGUGAUUUUUUUUGUUUUGACAUAAAAUCUGAUUAAUUUUUUUUUGACGUUUACUUUAUAAAUGACGUUUUGAUUCAGUUUGUAUGUACCAGAGGCUUGAGCUUCACUUAGUGUCACGCUGGUCUUGACUACCACCGGCGUGACAGUAAACUAGUGAAGCUCGAGGCUGGUACACAGGGUACGUUUUGAUGGAUUGAUUGUGCUAUUUCAAUCAUUGCAGUCAAUGCAUGUUCUUAGCAGACAUGAGGUAUAAGCUUACGGAGCCUAAAAGAUGUUUCUCAAAAGUACACUGUAACUUUCUAUGGAGGUUAUUAAUACAAGCUGGCUAUCUUAUGGGCCUUGUCUUAACACACCUUUUGUCCGAAUUUGCGCGACAGUUUACUAUGUUUUAUAGAUCGUUUAUUUUAAAAUAACAAAUAAAAUAUCAAAGUUAACUAUAUGGAAAUCUAGAUCCGCUUAAUGGCCAAUCAGUUAGUGUCUUGGAAGAGUGUACACGAUAUUUAAUAAGGGAUGAACCAGAAGAAAAGU